UCACUAUCAUAGUUGCCAACUUGUGUUUCUGAAUUUGGAAAUGAUACUAAUUUAAGUUGGUAUUGUUGUGAAUAAUUUUGAGAAAAAUGCUUAAAUGUGAUUUUUGAUGGUUGAAUAGUUUUUUUUAAUUGUCUAAAUUUACCCUUAAUUGUAAUGUAAGUUUGAUUUUGAGGCAUUUGGCACUUACCACUUCAGCCACCGCUAUGGAUGUAAACAUAGUCAGUGUGUAGAGAACCAGCUGAGGUGAAGAGGUGGCGCUUCCUCCCGGAAUUAGUUAAAAAAUGAAACUCCCUAUUAGAUUAUUACUGUUAACCUUAAUUGGUUUACCAUUCUUAAUAUCCAUUAUCGAACCUGGCAAAGUUUUUGCUAGAGCUGAAGAUGCAACAGAGGAUGAUGUGGAGGAAGAAGAAGCUCAAGUGGAAGCUGGAGAUGUGGAGGCUGCUGAAGAAGAAGUAACUGAAGAACCUAAAGUACCUGGAUCUCCUGACAUAGAUUUGAUCAUUCUCUUCACUAAACCUGAAGGAAAUGGCAUGGAGCUGCCAGCUGGAAAACCUGUUGAGUUCUUGGUUGGUGUCACCAACAACGGUGACCACGAGUACGUCAUUGAUGCUGCUGAGGCUUCCUUCCGAUACCCAAUGGACUUCAACUUCUACAUCCAAAACUUCACAAUGGCUCAGUUCAACAAAAUAGUGAAGCCUCAGCAAGAAGCCACGGUUUCCUACACCUUCUUCCCAUCUGAUGUUUUUGCUGGCAGGCCUUUGGGUCUCCAGAUCAACUUGUACUACCACGAUUCUGAUGGAGAAGACUUCUCAGAAGCUGUCUUCAACUCGACUGUAAACAUCGUGGAAGUUGAUGAAGGGCUUGACGGAGAGACAUUCUUCCUUUAUGUCUUCCUCAUCGCGUUUGCUGUGCUGCUCCUGCUCGUUGGUCACACGCUGCUGAGCUCGUUCAGCGCCAGUGGAGGCAAGAAGGGCAGCGCCAAGAAGCAGUCGAGCCAACAGUCUGGCGUUGAACUAGGCACCGACUCUGCUGACGGCGUUGACUACGACUGGCUGCCCGAACAUCUCAAGGCUGAACUCAAGAGGCAAUCUCUUAUGACCCGCAACGGCUCAGCCACAAAAACACGGAAAAGCAAUCAAAGCGAGAGAUCUGUAACUGAACCCUCCAAGAAGUCCGCCAUCACAACCUCCGUCAGAUCAGCGCCCAAGCAAUCGUCUGCUAGGCUCAGGAAGAUCUAAGCUAACUGGUGCACAGCUACACCUUCACCAUUAGUUUACUUCACAUCAGUGACGUUUUGCGUUCCGCUCGUAAAUUGUUUGUGUUGUUGCUUCCGAGUUCCGAGAAACAGUUGGUGAUUUUUCUGCUUUCUUAGAGAAUAUCUGUGAGUGAAUGGGCGACAGUCACACCUGAUCUUCAGUUUGUGUGAUGGAAUGACACCCAUGCAAUUUAAUGAAUUGGUGGCAUGUAUUGGUCGUGUAGCAUUCCCUUUAGUUUUGUUUAUUUUCCUAGAUGAGACGUUCAUCUAAAUCGUAUGUGGUCAGAGUUUUGAGCAAGUAUGAUUCAAAGCAAGAAAUGCAUGAUAAUUAGAAUACAUUGACGUUAAUUAACUCUGUAAAGCUCGCAUUUAAUUUAAACAUUUUCGUUCAUUACUGGCGUGAUCAAUUAGUGUGACUCUCUCCUUUAAGAUUUCCUAUCUCAGUUCUUAUAAUAGAAAGAUAUGAAUAAAGCUGUUCACAAAAUCACAUGGUCAGUUGAGGCCUAUUAUGUUAUAUGAUAUUAAGAUGAACAAUAUUCAAACUCUGUUUACUUAAUGGCUUCAUCUGCUCACCUUCUUUUGACGUUAAAAUUUUUCUGGAAGGGGACUAGUUUUCUUUCUUUGCAUUUUUAAUGUUUGUAAAUACUAUAAACAUGUUUGCCCAUACUUUUAUUCAGUUCAAAGUUAGAGACCGUGACAUUUAUUCAAUUUGUAAAAUUGUGUUUGAUUCACAUCGCGUUGUGAAUCUUGUUGUUUCUUACUUGUUUUAAAAGAAUUUUGCGUUCUCGAUGUAUUUGUUAGCCAUUCUCUAAAUUUUCCCACUAUUGACGCUAGAGUACCGUUUCAAUUUAGCAUGUAUGUAUAUAAGAUUUAGGCUUCUGAAUGUUGUGAUCAAGCUCUUGUCGGGCUGUGGAGUGUCGGUUCUUUUUUAUUUAAUGAAAUAUUUAACGUAAUUAUUUUAGUACCUCCUGUCUGCAUUCGAGUCUCGUAGCGUCCGUGAAAUUGUUUGUAUCCCGCGUUGAAUGGAGUUAGUUCUACGUGCUCGCAGACACGUGAUGUGCGUUGUCGGCCUCGUGUUGAGAGAGCUUAUUCCUCUCCCGUUAUGUUUUAGAUCAUAAUGGUAUUUUCAA